CGCCGCUCUCUCGCUUUGAUCUACAGGCGCGCAGUGCGGAGCGACUCUGUAACCCGCGAGCCGGAGCUGCACGCGCACACGGAGACACGGAGACUCGGAUACGGAUUAAUUCUGUUUUUUUUGCGGGUUUAAUCGCGGGGAAGCGGCGCGGUGCUGAGCGGAGUGUGAACUCUGCAGACUAAUCCAGGCCCAGCAUCAGGGAAAGGCAUGGGGGCGUCGACGUCCUGGAGAGGAAUAUUAUUAUAAAACACUUCAUCACAUCAGGCAGUUCCAUGAGGCGACGCUCCUGCAGAGAGGAAGAGAACGAUGGCGUGAAAGAGAGAAGAAUGUGUGAAAGCAGAAAGUAACACAGAGCGCUGCACCGGGACCUGUGCUCACACUCGUGUGUGAGAGGGUGUGUGUGUUUGUGAGGAUGACGAUGAAAGGCCUGUCCUCCAGCCGGAGUCAUCACCACGCUCUGGCUCACUGUGAUUCUUCUUACGAGUCUCUGACGCUUCGCCCCGACCGUCGCCCGUUUCUCUUCGACCCGGCUGAGGCCCACCCUGCCGACCACCACGGCUUCUACUCCGGCUGCGGUACGGAGCUCCCGGCCAGCAGCACCUUCCCUCGCCGCCACUACAGCUCCCACCACCAGCUGAAGGAUGAGUGCAGGGCCGUGGUUCCCUACACCGGGCCCCCCUCCUGCGGUCCUGCAGCGGCCGUACCACCGGCCCUCAUCGAGCAGUUCGAGCGACAGCGGCCGCCGAGGCGCGACGGCUACCACACGCUACAGUACAAACGUACUGCGGCGCUGGAACACCAGCGCAGCGACAGCCCCGGACGCAUCCGCCACCUCGUACACUCCGUCCAGAAGCUCUUCACCAAGUCCCACUCGCUCGAGGGCCCCAGUCAGCGCGGUCUGAACGGUAAUGACUCCGGCGACCCCACGCCGACCACCUCGGCUUCCCACCCCAACGUAGCGACCCUACACCGACCCCACGGCCAAACCAAACGAGCCAAGAGCAAAGAGAGGAGCCGAUCUGAGCCGAAGCCACGCCCGCGCUCGCCCGCCUCCGGAUACUGGAGCUCGGACGAUACCCUGGACCGAGAGAUCUGCCUCUACCGCCACCACCACCAGCUGCCCUCUGGAGUCAUGACCAUGGGCCGCCACCCGGACAAAUCCCAAUCGCACUACUUCCUGGACCACACCUACAACACGCUCGGAGGAGGCAGGUCGUCCCUCAAGACUUCCAGAAGCAAUAACGAUGUGGGGAAGUGCGCCGCCUGCUCUGUGGGGCCCCCGGGGGCCACGGUGUUGGCGCUGCCGGACCCGGCGGUGGUGGAGCAGGCGGGGCCGCUGGUGAAGAAGAGCUCCUGUUCCAGCGUCCUGACGGUCAGCCGGGCGCGGGAGGUCUAUAAGAAGGGGGCGGUCAGCCUGACGGAUAAAGCUCUGGUUAAAGCACAGACCUGCCAGCAGGGGCGCACCUGCCAGUUCCUACAGGUUCCUCAGGAUGAGUGGAGCGGGUUCUCUGCGCGGGAUGAUGAGAUCCCGUGCAGGCGGAUGCGCAGCGGCAGCUACAUGAAGGCCAUGGCUGAAGAUGACAGCGGAGAUUCAGACUGCAGCCCUAAACCCUCCCCUAAAGCCCAGGCCCGGAGAGCCAGCUACCUGAAGGCCACGCAGCCCUCGCUCACCGAGAUGACCACACUCAAGAUCAGUACAGACUCCCAUUCGCCCAAGCUGCAGAUCCGGAGCCACAGUUACCUGCGAGCGGUGAGUGAGGUGUCCAUUAACCGCAGUUUGGACAGCCUGGACCCGGCAGGUCUGCUGGCCUCGCCCAAAUUCCGCUCCCGAAACGAGAGCUACAUGCGCGCCAUGAGCACCAUCAGCCAGGUGAGUGAGGUGGAGGUGAACGGGCAGAUCGAGGCGGUGUGUGAGAGUGUGUUCAGUGAGAUGGAGUCGAAGGCGGUGGACGCUCUGGAUCUGCCGGAUGUUGCCGGGUGUUUCCGGAUGCGCAGCCACAGCUACGUCCGCGCCAUCGAGAAGGGCUGCUCCCAGGAGGAGGGGGAGGAGCCAACGACCCUCUGCGUCCUGCCCCCCCCUCGAACCGCCACCACCGUACGCACCAUCCAGAGCAGCACAGUAUCGUCAUGCAUUACCACCUACAAGAAGACCCCGCCCCCUGUCCCGCCCAGGUCGACGCCCACCCGCCCAUACAUCUCCAUCACGGCUCAGAGCAGCACGGAGUCGGCUCAGGAUGCGUACAGCGAGCUGGGGGGCGGAGCCGGGCCGGUUAACCGCACCAUCACCGCCGCCCAAUCAGGCCUCAGCAACUCCACCGAGAGCAUCGACAGCAUGAAGGCGCUGACCGCCGCCAUCGAAGCCGCUAACGCCCAGGUCCACGGCCCGGCCAGCCAACACGUCACCAACAGCACCAUCACCAUCACCACGGCAACCACCACUAACGUCACGCACAUAUCUCAGGAUGGCAAGAGAGACGCACUGAGAAAGUGCCUGUCUAUAGGCAUACAGGUGGAUGGUCCUGAGGACACAGCUGGGUCAGAAGAUCAGUGCAAGUUCCAGUCAGUGGGAAUUCAAGUAGAGGAGGAACGAUGUUACCGCAGAGUGACCCGCUCUAACAGCGUGACGGCGGCGGUGCAGGCCGACCUGGACCUGCCGGAGGGUUCAGGGUGUGACCCGGCUCCCUACCCCCAGAUCCAGCACCAGCACCCCAGCUUCAGCUCCUCCUCCUCCCUGCGGCAGUCCUCCAGAGACGCCGCCACCUCCACCGUCAGCAUCCAGGGCUCGGGGAACCACUACCACGCCUGCGCCCAGGACGACUACCUGGAGGUGGGCUUCGAUCCGUCCAUCCUACCCCCUCCGGACCCCUGGAUGGACCCGGGGACGGAGGAGGACGGCGGCGGGGGACGAGCCGUGUCCGUGUGUCCCCGAGACGGACACUGGUUCCUGAAGCUGCUGCAGGCGGAGGUGGAGAGGAUGGAGGGAUGGUGCCAACAGAUGGAGCACGAUGAGCAUGAAAACGAGCUGCCGGACGAGAUCCUGGGGAAGAUCCGGAGUGCGGUAGGCAGCGCUCAGCUACUGAUGGCUCAGAAGUUUCAGCAGUUCCGGGAGCUCUGCGAGGAAAACCUGAACCCCAAUGCCCAUCCGAGACCUGUGUCUCAGGACCUGGCGGGAUUCUGGGAUAUGUUGCAGUUGUCCAUUGAAAACAUCAGUUUGAAGUUUGACGAGCUUCACCAGCUUAAAGCGAACAACUGGAGAUGCGUAGAGCUGCCUGAGCAAAAGGAGAGGCGAGUUCCUCCUCCGGUGCCGAAGAAGCCGGGGAAGAGCGUGGCGAUGCUGGUGAGGGAUCGCUCUCUGGAGGGCUCGCAGAGACUGGAGGCACGGAAACGACUGCUGGCGGCUAAACGUGCCGCCGCUACGCUACGCCAGAACUCAGCCACCGAGUGCAUGGACAGCAUCGAAAUCUACAUCCCCGAGGCCCAGACACGAUUAUAAACACAUACAGGGGUUAGAGAAUGAAACUGAAACACCUGUCAUCAUUUUAGUGUGGGAUUUUAGGUUUCAUGGCUAAAUUGGAGCAGCCUGGUGUUCAAUCUUCAUUAAUUGCACAUUGCACCAGUAAGAGCAGAGUGUGAAGGUUCAAUUAGCAGGGUAAGAGCACAGUUCUGCUCUAAAUAUUACAAUGCACACAACAUUAUGGGAGACAUACCAGAGUUCAAAAGAGGACAAAUUGUUGGUGCACGUCUUGCUGGAGCAUCUGUGACCAAGACAGCAAGUCUUUGUGAUGCAUCAAGAGCCACGGUAUCCAGGGUAAUGUCAGCAUACCACCAAGAAGAACCAACCACAUCCAACAGGAUUAACUGUGGACGCUGUUAGAGGAAGCUGUCUGAAAGGGAUGUUCGGGUAAUAACCCGGAUUGUAUCCAAAAAACAUGAAACCACGGCCGAUCAAAUCACGCAGAAUUCAAUGUGUACCUCAACUCUCCUGUUUCCACCAGAACUGUCCGUCACCACAAUCAAUUAUUCUGUUUCAGUUUCAUUAUCCAACCCCUGUACAUCAGGGGUCGGCAAUUAAGUUCGGUCGUGGCCCAAAUAUUUUACAAGCCAUUACAGACUAGUAGCUCUCCAGCUCAGAGGGUUGUUGAACCCAAUUGCAGAACAGUUGAUCUCAAAGCAGGUAAACCCAAGAAGAAAGGAUUAAUAAAUAAAUAAAUUAAACCCGUGUCGUCAGGGUCGCGUCCCAAUACACUACUGCUGCCCUGGCUAGUGAUUUGGGACACGGCCGGGAAAAAACAGCCUUAUAAGGACAUAGGGAGCCCAAGAACUGCUGAAAAAACAAGAACUAGUGGAAACUAGAGAGACAGGGGAGGCAUGUAAACAAAAGCUCUCCAGAGAAGCAUUUUACUUAUUUAUUUAUUUAUUUCAUUAUUGUUCAAAAAAAAAACCUCACAGGUCAGAUGUUUCACGCUUUAGGGCCACAUCUAUUGCCGACCCCUGAUCUACACAGAUUCAAACCCCUCAAUAAACCCAUCAAAACACCAUAAUCUACACAUUUAAAGGAUGUAUAAGUAUAAAAGUCCUCUUGCUUAUACACUUCAGAAGAUUCAGAGAGCUAACAAACACUCACGUAGCUCCUUUUUAAACACACACACACACACAAGCUCUGAAUGACAAUGACUAAGGCAGGGUAGCUGUAAUAUAAUCACAAGCUUUUUUGUCCUCUGUAAAAAAAAAACAUGAAGAACACAAGAGCUUCUACACUGUGGAAUUUUCCCAACAUUUAUUUUUUUAAAUUCUCUUUUUUAUUAUUAUUAUUCCCUUUUCUCUUCUCCCAGAUUUAGCCAACAUGGAUGUAGCCCUCGUCUGACCUUCCCAAAGAUUCUGAUAAACACACUGUAGCAGCCGUUACACACUGUUCACUCCCAGAGAAUCAGGCCAUAUAUGAUAAUAAUAAUAAUAAUUAUUAUUAUUAUUAUUGCUGCCAGUUUCAGUAUUGAUAUGGUACUAAAAGUGGGUGGAGUAAUCACUUUUUGUGACUUUGUUGCACGUAUGUGACACGCAAAUGAGUGUAUGCAUAUGUGUGUGUGUGUGUGUGUGUGUGUGUGUGUGUGUUUGAGAGAGAUACUCUAUCAUGUGUCACCUUGCCCCCCUGGGAUUGGGUGAAACUGUUUUGUCUGUGUCGAGAGAACGAGUGGAAAAACAUCCCUUUAACCUCUCAUCAGUUCCUCUCUUUUCAUUUCUUUUCUAUUCUAUUCUUCUUUCUUUUAAGCGAAUUCCUUCUCAUUCCUGAUCAUAAUUAUGAAUUUAUUUGUAUUUAUAUUUUUUAUUCUCUCUUUAAUUUACUUUUCUUCUUAUCUUCUUCCACUUUCUCUUGUUGUGUCAAAUGUAUUUAUUCUCCACUUUUUUCAGAUCAGUUAUUGCUUAUCUAUUUUUCGCACUAUAAGACACAAUGGAUUAUAAGACACGUUUUAUGCGACACUAGUAAGGAACAGGGGUGGCGCCAUGUUUCCCUUCUAAUUCAGUAAAGCCAAGCUAAGUUAAGUAAAAAAAACUGUAAUUUCAGAUGGGUCAGAGAAGUUAAUUGAGGUCUGGGUGUUAACCUACACAGAUUCCUCUACUGAAAACUGUUUAUUUGGGUGAGUAAAACAUUUCCAUUUAUUUACAGUAAACUUUCGCCUCUAAACGGCGAAAGAGCUAGCGCUUACCCCGGUUAGCGGUUAGUGCUAAUACUGCUGUACUUCAGUAGAGUGGAUUUACAGCUUCUUAAUACCUGACUGGUAGAAUUCAUACAUAAGAAGCACCAGAUUAUAAGGAGCUCUGACCAUUAUAAGUGCACAUUAUAGAGCGAAAAAUACGAUAAUCAAAGAUUAUUUUAAAAAUAUCCGUCGCUAUGAAGGAAAACAGUUAUAGAAGAAUAGAAUGGUGCUCUCCUCUCUUCUUCUCCUCUUUUCCUCUCUUUCUCUUUUUGAUUAAGAUGGAUCUAAAGCAUAAAUCACAUAAAUCACACAAACGUAAGAAAUACACUUAUUAUAAUGCAGCUCAUUAAUCAUCACCUCACAGUAUUUAAUACUAAUAAUAAUAAUAAUUUAAUCUACGGUUGUUUAAAGUGGAUUCUUACAGUAGUGAACCAGUGAACUGUGGUUUCUGACUCCACCCUUUACUUCUGAUUGCUGUCACUCUACAUGUACAUAUGUUUGUAUAGUAUAAUAUAUAAUCUAUCAAAUCUGUAUUUUUAUGGUAGGAGAUCUGAGGAGUGAUUUAGCGAUUUGAGAAAUGUAACUAUAUAAAAACACACUUGCUACUGAUUUUUUUUACAGAUAUAAAACCUGAAUUCAGUGAGCUAACAACAUGCGAUGUUUCUGGUCACUGUGAUUGUGACUAACUCUCGUGUAAAGCUGCCUUUUAUAGAUAUUCUGUAUAGAAAUAGAUAGAGAACAAUGUCUAUUAGUAUUAUUAUUAUUUAACUGUUUAAAUAUGAAGAUCACUGGGGUUGUAGCAUCUUUGGCCUGGUGAUGCUGUGAUUUUCACGCUCUAGUGCGCUCUAGAGUGUGAAUACGGGUGUGUGUUUAUGCUGUUCUACACAUUUAAGUGCAUGUUUCAAAGUGCUUCCUAAUAUAUAUAUAUUUUUGUUUGUUUGUUUGUUUGUUUGUUUUCCUAAGAGUUUCCAAAGCGUUUCACUUUUUAACUGAAUUAUAGCACAGCUCAGACACUGUAACACAUGAACAUCAAUCUGUUUUUUAUUUUUAUUCCGGUUUGUUUGUAAUACGACGCUGUUUAAAAGAUGACAAUAAGAAAAAUAAUGAUUAUUUAAAUUAAAACAUGUCUAGAAAGUGUAGGUAGACGCACCUCUCCGGGGUGAAUAUCAGAUAUUUUAUUAUUUUUGUAUGUAUAGACGACUAAUGAUGAUGAUAAAAUAAUAAACCUGUUGAUAGAUUCCUGUUUGAUAGAUAGUGCUGCUCUUGUGUUCUAUAAAACUGAUCUAUAAAACAGGUGAGCGCUCUCACGCUCUCACGUAUCCAUUGAUAUAUAUUCUGAUGACUUUUAUAUAUCUGUUACUCUCUAAAACAUCAUUCAUUUGCACUUCUUUUAAAAUCAUACAUUUAAUCAUACAGAGAUACUACUUUUCUUGAAUUAAUGAUAUUUGAAAUAUCUUAACUGUGCGUAGAUGUUUAAACAAAAAAAAUAUAUAGAUAUAUUUAUAUUAUUAUCUUCCCAGCAGCUAACAUGCAGCGACUUUGCAUUGGUUUAUAUUGUUUUUUUAUUAUUAUUAUUAUUUAUAUUUAUAUUUCCUUCUCCUUAUAUACACAGAUCAAGCGAAAAAUAUUAUGAACACCUCUUUGUUCAUAACUUGUAUUAUGUUUUUCAGCUCUACUGAGCAUAUUGAGCAUAUAUUUCUACUAUGUAUUUGUAUAAUAUAAUAAUAGAAUUAUACAGACUGUAUUUGUGUUUCUCUGUAUAUUUUAUUAUUAUUCUUCUUAUUUUAACCUUGUUCUUCAAAACUCAGAACUCAUCGGAUAAAAAACCACCACAGAAAGCCAUAGAAACACUAGAUGACCUCAGAAAUUAAAAUAUUAAGAACUGAAAUGUAUAAAGUAUUUCCUGUAUCUGUAAUUUUAAUUAAUUUAAUCUAUCAUUACAUUAGUUAGUGUUUAUUUUUUAGCUGUUAGAAUCUGUAUAUAAUCUACACUUCAGUCCUUCCCUCUCAGAACUACAGUUUUAUCAUUAUUAACAUUAUAAAGUUUGAUUGGUCCUACAGUAAAACCCUGUGGAACACCACAAGAUCUGCUCUAUCAACCAACAGUUCACCAUCAGUUCACUACAGUUUCUGCACUACAGUUAAUUACAGAUAAAUAAGCUAGUGAACACUGUAGUUCACUGAUCGACUCUCCUGUUGUUUAUUUUCCUCUGUUUAAAUCCUGAUUCUGAGAUUCUCAGUAGGAGAAAAUACUGUAUUAACCAGAAUCAAUAAUCAAUCAAACUACUUAUAAACCAUCAUACAAACUUACAUACUGUAAAAGAGCGGGAAAAAACUCCACACAACAGAAGAGAGAGUGAAGAACUAUUGAUAAGAGAAAGAUGUGAGGAGAUGUAUAUAUGUAUGGAUUAUACGUCUAUAGAUUACUGUGUUCCUGUUACCAGGUGAAAUGGAUUGUGGGUGGUAUAUGUAAGUGUUCAUUUGGUUAUUGGUGGAGAAUCAGUGUUGUAGAUAAAGUAAAGUCAGAGACAGAAGCUCUUUACAGUGUUGCUCAUCCUCCAGCAGAAACACUGAGGUGUUUAAAACCUCCAGCAGCACUGCUGCUGCAUCGGAUCCAAACCUUAUUAACAGGAAGUAAACUUGAAAGCAUUAAAAGUAGGUUAAAAUUUAGGUGAAGAAUACUAAAAUACUAAAAGUGCAUUUUCUAUUCAAUAUGUUUUAUUUAGAAAAUAUUCAUUAACAUUAAAUAUACUUUCUCUGUAUUUCCAUAAUAUGUAUUUUUAAGCAAUAUGCUUAUACAUUGUGUUGACCAAAAAUAUAUGUAUAUGUGUAUAGUGGCAUUAAAUCCUGCUUAAAGUGCAUUUUAGAGAAGUUCACAGAAGUUACACGAAAAAGCACAAAUCUAAUGCUUUUAUGUUGUACUUAAAUAUCGCUUAAUUGCAAUUGAAAUAUAUUUAAGUUGUCAUAAGUUGUUUUAAAAUACAUGUACAGUACAUUUAGUAUGUAUUUAAGUACAUAAUUCAUUUUGAAUAAAGUAUGUACUUUUCCAUGUUAAGGAUACUUUAAAAAAAAAAAAAUAUAUAUAUAUAUAUAUAUUUUUUUUUUUACAAGUGAACACACACUAACUUCUCAUACACCACCAUACUAAUCACUGCUAAUGAAUAAUAUUGAAGAACAGGGUUUAAAAAAUGAAGGAGAAUAAUAAAAUAUACAGAGAAACACAAAUACAGUCUGUAAUUAUUAUAUUAUGUAUAUUAUACAAAUACAGAGUGUUUUAUAUGAUCUUAUCAUCAGUAGAGCUAAAAAUAUUAAUUAUAACGAGUGUAGAAACAAGGGGAGGUCAUAAUGUUUUGCUUGAUUGUUGUAUGUAAUUUACUUUAAUUAACUUUAGUAGUGUUUUUUUCCGAGACUGUUGUUUUUGUUAGUUUUUUGCUAUUUUAUGCACUAAAAUACAUUUUUUUUACUGUAGUGGUAGACGUCCUUAUUAUUAUUAUUAUUAUUAAAUAUUAUUGAUGUUUCGAUUCUCAGCCUUAAUUUAUGAAUUUUUGAUAGUCAUGCACAACAUAGCCUCAGGGGAGACUAUAUAGUGUGUGUGUGAAUGCACGUGUGUGUGUGUGUGUGUGUGUGUGUGUGUUGUCUUUUGGUUGAAGAAUGAGUUGUUGGUUCUCAGAUGUUGCCAUGAAGAUUUUUUUUACAUAUAUCAAUCACACUCAAUCCUGAUAUUUUAGAUUGUUUUUUUUUUUAUUCGUUCUUUUUGUUUUGUUGUUUAUUUUUAUUUGUAUUAAUAUUAUUAUUAUUAUUGUUAUAAUAAUUAUGAAUAGUAGCUCUAAAGAGCUCCGCCUCCCUAAUUAGAGAAGAUCUUAAAUAUCCAAUAAAUUCAAUUAAAUAAAAAAUAUAUAUAUAUAUAAAAGAAAAUAAUAAAAAAAUCAGUAUAGUAGACAAUCUCGUAAUUUCAUAAUCAAAAAUAUAUAUAACAUAAUCAAGGAGCUCAACUACUUUGGAUGAAAAUUUGAUGAUUUGUACUUUAUCAUUAUUAUUAAUAUUAUGAUUUCUGAUUAAACUGGUUUCUAAGAUAUGUUUUAAUAUUUUAAAUGUAUAAAAGAAAAGAAAUACAUACUAAAACUAGCUGCUACCUGUUUAAAACGUCUAAACGUCUAAAGUGAGCUCCACUUUUCGCUUCACUUUAAAAAGCACUUUUAAGCUUGAAUAAUAUCAGUUUCAUAUUUAUGUUUAAUAAAGCAUCAUUUAUUCACAUUUUUACCUUUUUUUAUGUUUUAAUCCUGUAUCAUAUAAAGAUGAGAUCUGAGAUCAUGUUUAGCUCGUGUAUAGUUGCCAAAUGAAGGACUGAGCACCAGCCACAAAGCAUUCUGGGAAUGGAAAGCAGGUUAACAGUGAGAUUAAUGUUGGAAGCGUAAGAAAAUACUCAAACAGCUGUUUGUAAAUACAUGAAUGUUCUUCACUGUAAACAAUCUAAUAACAUGUUUAACCAAACGAACAUCUGUACUUAAUGUUACGCACUCGAUGUUACAGAUCGUGUCUGAAAUUUUUGCUCAUUAAAAAGCUCGAUUGCCAUUCUUA